ACAAUCCUCACCGUCAAAUGGGCUUUGAAAAAGCGGCGCGGCUAAUUCAAGAUGGCGGAGAUGGAGCAGCUCUUGGAUGAGAGUUCGUCAGCCAAAGCUCUGGUCAGCCUCAGAGAGGGCAGCCUGCAGAAGUCCCACAACACCAGAAGGAGCGGACAGAGCACCACAGAGACUCCGACGCGCAGCUCCAAGCGUACGCGAGCCUCCAGUGAAGAUGAGGAGAGGCCCCCCGCACGCUCCCCCAGGAGGAGCCAGAGAGUCACCACACCACCUCAGAAACUGACUGGUGUGGGGACUCCGGAUAAGCGUGUGUCCCAGAGGAUCGGGCUGCGGCUGAGGAACCUGCUGAAGCUGCCCAAAGCCCACAAGUGGUGCAUCUACGAAUGGUUUUACUCCAACAUCGACAAGCCUCUCUUUGAGGGGGAUAAUGACUUCUGCCUGUGCCUGAAGGACUCGUUUCCCAGCCUGAAGACACGGAAACUCACACGAGUGGAAUGGAGCACCAUACGCAGACUCAUGGGCAAACCUCGCCGGUGCUCGUCUGCCUUCUUCGCUGAGGAGCGUUCUGCCCUGAAGACCAAACGUCAGAAGAUGAGACUCCUGCAGCAGCGGAAGAUCGCGGAUCUCUCCGUCUGUAAAGACCUGCCGGACAUCAUACCCCUACCGCUCAUCAUAGGCACUAAAGUCACAGCGCGUCUGCGAGGUGUGCAUGAUGGUCUCUUUACUGGUCAGAUUGAUGCGGUCGACACCAGUGCUGCCACCUACAGGAUCACAUUCGACCGCAGCGGCUUGGGGACACACACUGUACCUGACUACGAAGUUCUGAGCGCGGAACCUCCUGACACCAUGCACAUGUCGGCUUUCGCCCAGAAGCAGCGACCCCCACGGUUCCAAAACCUGAUCAUGACCCCCCCACGAGACACACGGCCCAUCCUCACGGAUGGAGACCCCCUCUUCAGCCAGUCUCCAUGGAAGACCAAGUUACCAGGUAGCGAGGGCGAGACCCUCGGGGGCUUCCCAGUCAAGUUCCUCGUACAAGUUACUCGUCUGUCUAAGAUCCUGAUGAUGAAGAAGGAGCACAUUCAACAGCUGAAGGACAUGAACACAGAAGUAGAAAAGAUGAAGUCCUACUCUGUGCCGGUGUGUCUGGACUUCCAGAAGCGUUACGCCUCCACAGUACUGGACCUGGAGCAGCUGAAUAAAGACCUCAACAGAAUACUACACGAGGUUCAACACUACUCCUACGAGCUGGCCCCAGAGCAGGGUGUGUGUAGCGGGGAGCCGGGUGGUGUGUGUGAGAUGCGUCGGCAGUGUGAGGAGGUUGCAGAUGAGAUGGUGCAGAAGAACAACGACUCACACAAUGUCCAGAGCGCACACCUCACACAGCUGGUGUCACGACUCACUGCACUACUACUGCAGCUCAAGUGUUUAGCUGAGGACGGGGAUCUGAACUCAUUUGAGUUUAAAUCUCUGAAUGAGUCUCUCAACGACAUCAAGAGCUCCAUCGACGUCUCAAACCUCAGUUGUUUUCGUGAUAAUGUUGAGAUCCACGUUGCCCACAUCCAGAGUGGACUCAGUCAACUGGGAAACCUACACGCCUUCUCAGCCAACAACACACACACACACUGACACACACUAAUACACACACAAACGCACACACCCUUACUAAUGUGUAUGUUCUGGUCACACACACACACACAUACGUGCACACACACACACACACACACACUGUUUUCUUUUCUUUUAAUAGUUUAUCUUUUAUUUCCCAUCCAUGUAUAGACACGUGUACAGUGUAGAACUGCUAUGGCUGUUGUGUAUAGACUGCAGAUAGCUGUGUACGUGUGUGCGCGCGCGUGUGUGCGUGUGUGUGUGUGCGCGCGCCAUAUCGCAGAAAAAUGUUUGUUAUUUUUGUAAAGAUUUUUUAAUGUUACAAAAACAUUGUUUAUAAAUUGUGUUGAGUGUUCUUCUGACGUGUUCAUGUGGAUAUUUGCUGUGUUAUGCAUGAAGAACAGUGAUGUAUUGUUUGUUUGUUUUUUGUUAUUUUGUAAAGAAAAUCGUUUCCUGCAGGGGUUGUAUGUAUUUGACAUCUACAUCCGUUGUUUUUGUUUGUGCAGAACACAACGGCAUUAUAUGCUCAAUAAAACCACACAGAAACGCUGAAGAA